AUGCCUGUGGGCCCCAAGUCCCCACAGCUGGAUGAGUUCCAUGAGAAAAGAAGGAAAAACAGUCGUGCCCAAAAGGGCUGUGGCCACAUGCAGCCUAUUCGCUGCAUGAACUGCACCCAGUGCGUGCUUAAAGACCAAGCUAUAAAGAAGUUCAUCAUUCAGAACAUAGUGGACACCGCAGCUGUCGGGGACAUUUCUGAAGUCAGUGUCUUCGAUGCCUCCGUGUAUCCCAAGCUGUAUGUGAAGCUACAUUACUGCAUGAGUUGUGCCAUUCACAGCAAGGUACUCCGGAAUCGUUCUCGGGAAGCCUGCAAGGACCGAACACCGCCACCCCGAUUUAGACCUGCAGGUGCUGCCCUAGGACCUCCACCAACGUCCAUGUAA